AUGGCCAAAGUUAUCACCGUCUUCGGUGCUACCGGACAACAAGGGGGCUCUGUUAUCCGUAUUAUUCUGCAGGACGAAAACCUAUCCAAAGAAUUCAAGAUUCGAGGAGUCAGUCGCGAUCUUUCGAAGCCGCAAUCCCGGGCUCUUGCAAGCCAGGGCGUGGAGCUUGUCUUGCACGUCCCCCACUUUGACCACAAGGCCCAAGUCGAGCAGUAUAUCCGGUCUAUUGGCGUGCCCGCUACCUUCGUACUUCCUGGAUAUCUCAUGAGCAAUUACACUCAAUUUGGAAUGCUACGUAAGGGAGACGACGACGUUUAUACGUUGACGUAUCCGGUUGGCAAGGAUGCUCAAUUCCCACUCAUCGAUAUCACAAGCGAUAUGGCACGCAUUCUUGCUGAGUCUGAAGAAGUUACUGGCAAGAAAACUCGAUUUUUUCAGGUCGAUUCUGAAACCUAUAAGACAGGACAGAUGAGCCAAGAAAUGCUUGAGAAUCACCUCUUCAUCGAGAGUCCAGGCCGGUUAUCUUCCUACAACCUGGAAAGCGUUUUUGGAACAGAAUAA